UGACCAAGUUUCUCCUUUCUGGUCCUCAUUCCCCCAGCACGUAGCUCGGAAGGGAUUUCAACAGCCACAGCCGCCUCUGCUCUCUCAGCAACAGCCGCCUCUGCCACUUCAGCAACUGCCUCUCCUAGCUAGGUUGAUUCUACCAUCACAGGGGAGGAAAAGUCCCUAUUGAACAGGAAACUGGGGUGCGAAAGUGGGGCGGGGGGGUGUCAGCGCUUUCGCAGCAGGUGCGUUGGGUCGCGUCCCAUCGCGAUAGACUGGCGAGAUCCGCACUGGCCCUUUAACAGCCCUUUCCCGGGGGCUUGCCCCGCGCGUGCGCACUGUGGUUCUGCGCUUGUCAUCAUGGCGACGCGGGGCCAUGUGCAGGACCCUAACGACAGGCGCCUCCGGCCCAUUUACGAUUAUCUUGAUAAUGGUAAUAAUAAAAUGGCAAUUCAGCAAGCAGAUAAAUUAUUGAAGAAGCAUAAGGAUCUUCAUUGUGCUAAGGUUUUAAAGGCAAUUGGUUUACAGAGAACUGGAAAGCAAGAAGAAGCCUUCACCUUGGCGCAGGAGGUGGCAGCCCUGGAACCCACAGAUGACAACUCGCUGCAGGCACUGACUAUUCUUUACCGGGAGAUGCAUCGCCCGGAGUUAGUUACAAAACUUUAUGAGGCAGCUGUGAAGAAAGUUCCCAAUAGUGAGGAGUAUCACUCUCACCUGUUCAUGGCCUAUGCCAGAGUGGGCGAAUACAAGAAAAUGCAACAGGCUGGCAUGACUCUAUAUAAGAUUGUCCCCAAAAACCCUUACUACUUUUGGUCUGUGAUGAGCUUAAUUAUGCAAUCUAUAUCGGCACAGGAUGAAAACCUCUCAAAAACUAUGUUUCUGCCCCUUGCUGAGAGAAUGGUAGAAAAAAUGGUGAAAGAGGACAAGAUAGAAGCGGAGGCUGAAGUCGAACUUUAUUAUAUGAUCCUGGAGCGUUUGGGAAAGUACCAGGAAGCCUUGGAUGUCAUCAGGGGAAAAUUAGGAGAGAAGUUGACCAGUGAGAUUCAGAGUCGGGAAAAUAAAUGCAUGGCUAUGUACAAGAAGCUGAGCAGGUGGCCAGAGUGCAAUGCCCUUUCCCGGCGCCUCUUACUGAAAAACUCAGAUGACUGGCAGUUCUAUCUGACUUACUUCGAUUCUGUCUUUCGACUGAUUGAAGAGGCCUGGACUCCUCCUGCUGAAGGUGAACACUCUUUAGAAGGAGAAGUACAUUAUUCUGCAGAAGAAGCUGUGAGGUUUAUAGAAGAUCGAAUAACGGAAGAAUCUAAAAGCUCUCGCCAUCUUCGGGGACCACAUCUAGCUAAACUGGAGCUGAUUAGACGUUUGCGACAUCAAGGUUUUAAUGAUGAGUACAAACUGGGUGACCCAGAAGAAUUAAUGUUUCAGUAUUUUAAAAAGUUCGGGGAUAAACCUUGUUGUUUUACAGACCUUAAGGUGUUUGUCGACCUCUUGCCUGCUGCACAGUGUACAAAAUUUAUUAAUCAGUUACUUGGAGUUGUUCCUUUGUCCACACCAACAGAGGAUAAGCUGGCGCUGCCUGCCGACAUCAGAGCUUUGCAGCAGCAUUUGUGUGUGGUGCAGCUGACGAGGUUGCUGGGCUUGUACCACACUAUGGAUAAAAAUCAGAAACUGAGUGUGGUCAGAGAGCUGAUGUUAAGGUACCAGCAUGGACUGGAAUUUGGGAAAUCCUGUUUGAAAACCGAAUUGCAGUUUUCAGACUAUUACUGCCUGCUUGCUGUCCAUGUGCUCAUUGAUAUAUGGAGAGAAACAGGUGACGCGACUGCUGUGUGGCAGGCCCUGACUUUGCUGGAAGAGGGAUUAACCCACAGCCCUUCCAAUGCUCAAUUCAAACUGCUGCUCGUUCGAAUCUACUGUGUGCUGGGGGCGUUUGAGCCGGUGUUGGACCUGUACUCCAGCCUCGAUGCUAAGCACAUCCAGCAUGAUACCAUUGGUUAUCUUUUGACCCGUUACGCUGAAUCCCUAGGUCAGUAUGCUGCUGCAUCCCAAUCCUGUAACUUCGCACUCAGGUUUUUCCACUCCAACCAGAAAGAUACCUCAGAAUAUAUUAUUCAAGCUUACAAAUAUGGUGCAUUUGAGAAGAUCCCAGAGUUUAUCGCUUUUAGGAACAGGCUGAAUAAUUCUCUUCAUUUUGCACAAGUCCGUACUGAACGGAUGUUGUUAGACCUUCUACUUGAAGCAAAUAUAUCAGUCAGCUUAGCAGAGAGUAUCAAGUCGAUGAGUCUCCGGCCGGAAGAAGAUGACAUCCCGUGGGAGGCCUUGCGGGACAACCGGGACUUGAACGUGUUCUUCAGCUGGGACCCGAAAGACAGGGAUGUUUCUGAAGAACAUAAGAAACUUUCUUUGGAGGAGGAGACCAUGUGGUUAAGAAUUCGUUCCUUAACACUGAGGCUGAUCAGUGGCCUUCCAAGUCUGAACCACCCUGUGGAGCCAAAGAACUCCGAGAAGACCACUGAGAAUGGUGUGCCCUCCAGGAUUGAUAUUCUUCGUUUGCUCCUUCAACAGCUGGAGGUGGCCCUGGAGACAGGAAAGCGAUUUAUUGAGAAGGAAAUUCAGUAUCCUUUCCUUGGUCCUGUGCCUACCAGAAUGGGUGGCUUCUUUAACUCUGGCUGUUCUCAGUGUCAGACCAGUUCUUUUUAUCUUGUUAGUGAUGUUUAUGAGCUGGAUACCAAUGGUUUAGAUGAUACGAUGGAGAUCCAGGAGCGAGUAGAGAAUAGUUUUAAGUCUUUAUUACAACAGUUAAAAGACGUCUUCAGUAAAUGUAAAGGUGACCUGUUGGAGGUUAAAGAUGGUAACUUGACAACACACCCUACUCGUUUAGAAAAUCUCGUCUUCUUUGCUGAGACUAUUUCUAUUAUCCUUUGGGUGUCCAGUUACUGUGAGAGUGUCCUGAGACCAUACAAAUUAAAUUUACAGAAAAAGAAGAAGAAGAAAAAAGAAACCAGCAUCAUUAUGCCACCUGUCUUUACCAGUUUUCAAGACUAUGUUACUGGGCUUCAGACUUUAAUUUCCAAUGUUGUGGAUCAUAUUAAAGGGCUUGAAACUCAUCUAAUUGCACUUAAACUUGAAGAACUUAUUUUAGAAGACACUUCUCUCUCACCGGAAGAGAGAAGGUUUUCAAAGACUGUGCAAGGGAAGGUGCAGAGCAGUUACCUGCACUCACUUCUGGAAGUUGGGGAGCUGCUGAGAAAAAGACUUGAGACCACAAAGAAACUAAAAAUUUAAGGAAGUGGGAGACACGGGCACUGAUGACUGCAGCAGGAAAUGGUAUCAUCUCCCAGGCAAAAUCUACAUCUGGUUGAGCACCAUUUUAAUCCAGAACUUCCUCAUAAUGUGCAUGAAGGACUUUGAUCGUGAAUUAAUUUUUUAGGUAUUAAAUGUGUACAACUGAUUAAAUUAUUGUAUAUAAACCGGAAGCAGGACCCUCAUUGGGUUUGACCACUUUUUAUACAUGUUCAUAUGCAUAUGGCAGCCACAAGAGAACCCCACUUUUCUUCUGCCCUACUGCCACUGGCGACCUCUGGUGGGGGAGGGUCCUAUAAAAGCAGCAAUAGAAGUUAAGCAUAAAUCAUCGACCUCAGAGCAGCUGAAUGGCCGUACCAUUAUAGCAGCUGUGGACAUUUUGGUCUGGUCCUUGAGCAUUAGGACGCAGAAAGGAGAAGCAGAGGCAGGGGCCAAGACUGGGAGCAGGCCCUCUUUCCACGUCGGCAGUUUAGUUUUGAGGCUUGCCCAGCUGCUUGGCUCCCACAGAACCCGAGGCAGGUACCCAAAGGGCCUCAGAUGAAGUUUGGCAUAAGCACCAGCCACCGAAAGGCACCCUCAGACAACCACAGGCGCUCGUUUUUGUGCUUAGUCCUAACAGCCAAGACACCCCCAUCCUGCUCCAGGAGCAUUAGAUCAGACAGGCUUCUGUUAACCACCGCUGUGUGGAGGGGAAAGCAGUAUAGACCACUUGGAACAAACCUGCUGAGGACUAGCUUGCUGUCUUUCAUCCUUUCGGGGAAAGUGGGGAUCACUUUUAAAGAAAAGAAGUGUUCAUAUUUAUGCAGGCAAGUGGAAUACCAACGUCAUUGGUUUUGUGAGAUACAUAUAUAUAUAUAUAUGAUAUGCUUUUACAUGUAUAUGUGUAUUUUCAAGCAUAUGUGUGUGUAUGUGUAUAUAUAUAUAUAUGCUUGAAAAUAAAGAUAUACUUUAGUUUUUUUUUCUUUUUAAGUGGGGGGUUUGGGAAGGAAGGAAAGAAGGAAUGUAUAUUAUGGACUUAAUCUAGGUUUUAAGUUUUAGGCUGGCAAAAGAAAUGUUACCUAUUGGUUUGGAGGUUCAGUUUACUUCAAACUUGAGAAUUGCACCAGGAUGGUGUUUACGUCGUUCACCUGGAGCCCCUAAGGCCAUGGCUUCUGAAGUCAGUCUGACAGAAAAGAUAAACGUUGCUCUUGAAAAUGUUACACAGUUUAUACCAUUGCUUUGAUAACGUGUUUGUGUUUGAGUCCUUGCUUCUGUUUUUGGUCUUUGUUACCCAAAUACUGUUCAAGUUGGUAAUUUUGUAAGAGCAGAGAAAUGAAUUUGAUGAAGAAAUUCAAGCAUCUGGUGGAGGACUGGUUUUGAAGACCUUAAAAGUCCUUUUCAACUCACUUCUCCAGUGAAAUGGGAUACUUUUUUCUUUCGAAAGCAACCAAAAGAGAGCUUGGAAAGGCUCUCUCUAUAUGCAAAGCAAUUGUAUUUUGUUUUCUCACCUUGACUUUCUUAGACUUACAGUUUGAUAGGGUGAUCGAUAACUGUUUAAACUUCAAAGGAAAUUUUAAAGGAAAUUGCAUUAUUGUCUUAAAAUAAGACUUGUUGGAAAUCCUAGUCCAUUAAGUAAUUUCAAAAAAUGGUUUUUGAUGUAAAUUGGUAGCCACAGCUGUCACACCCCAUCGCCAAAGGAAGAACUGAUUAGCAAGAUGAAUUGAGAAUUCUGGUUGAUUCCAAAUGUAGUUUAUUGACAACAUAUCAUAAUUUCAUAAAACUGUGGCCUGUUGAGAUGGAAUUUUGUGUGUAUAAGGGAUGGGGUAUGUGUGUGUGGCAUGUGUUCUUGAAAUGAUGUUCCUUUGAAUGUCCAAAAACACUGUACAUAAAAGUAGAAAUGCUCUUUAAACAAGUCUUCACCUGACCGCGAUCAGUGCGGCAUGUGCUUGUCGGCGGGCUGGCCUCGGUCCUCAGGGACAGCGUGCGGCUCCAGUGGUCUACCUGGCUGGUCUCUUGCCUGAGGGCACCUGGGACCGCUACUAAAAACUCAAACGGUGGGUUUAGGGACAGUGUUACGUUGAGGUAAUUCUUCCUUUGUUACUUGCUGAUAUUCCUGCUAAAUGUAGCAUUUCAAUUAGAUCCAACCUCUUAUGUUUUGAGAAAAUUGUACAAAGAAUGAAAUUAUGCAGAAAUGGCCAAUAUCUUUUAUUAAUCUGUUCCUUUGGAAACUGUCAUGCACUAUAAAUUGUGUAUAGUUAAAAAAUAUAUAUAUAUAUAUAUUCUUACAUGAGUAAAAAGCACCCUCUCCAGCAAUCGUAUGUCAUUGGUAUUUGAAGAGAAUUCUCAAAUAACCCAUUGCUGAUGCUGCUGUUUUUGGACUGUGUGGGUUUUGUUUUGUUUUUGUGUGGUAAAUUGCUAUUUAAAAAAAAAAGGAAAGGAGAAAAACACAACUACUGUUUACAGACUGAAAAAUUACUGCUUUUUAUACUACUGAGAUCCUAAGUUAAGACUCUCCAAAGCAAACAUUUGUUUUAAAUCAUUUAUCUGAUGUGGAUAAAAGGUAGAGGAAUUUUUAGUGUUCUCCAAAUAAUGAAAAAUGUACAAAUGCCUAGCUGUGUUGCCCAUCAAUUUUGUAUAUUUUCAUAAUUUUAAUUGUUCAAAAUUGCAUUAUAUUUUGCAAUCACUAUGUUUAAUCUGGAUUUGUCUUUCAUUUUAACUUUUAAUAUAAAAAGGGGUUUCAGUG